AUGGGUGAAAUUAUUGAAAUAUCUACAACACGAAACCAUCAAAGGAGAUUUUAUAAAUUUACUAGUAAGUGUGUUAUAUUUUCUAUUAAAGGAAAUUCUGGAUAUGCUAUGAUUGGGUUAGCUGAUCAAAUUGGAUUCUUUAAUAUUGAUCAUUGGGUUUUUAUAGAUAGACAUGGUGAGAGUGGAGUCUGUGAAUUUAAUGAAAUAAUUGUUAAAACACCAACACCUGGCAUCUUGGAGGAGGAAAAAUAUCAUAAGUUUUGCCUUACUUGGUAUGGCAGUAAAGUUGAGUUAAACAAAUUUGGGGAAUUUGAACCUAUAUUUUCCAAAGAAAUUAAAAAAAAUAAUUUAAAGUUUGUCACAUUUUUUGGCCGAAACCAAAGGAAUACUUUACAGUGGAAGUUAUUGUUACCACCGAAUAUCGAGAGGCCUUUUUUAAAACCAAUUAUAGGAGGAAAACCAUAUUGGGUGCCAUAUGAUGGUGCAUUGCCUUAUGGUGCAAUAAUAGGAGGGUUUGAGAAUGAAUUUCUAUAUAUAAUGAGAGCACCACAUGUAGGAUCAUUAACUCCUGGAAAGUUUGUACCAUCUAUGAAAUGUGGAUUUGUAGGCUGGGGAGGACAUUCACAUUUAAAAACAGAGUUUGAGAUUCUCUGUGCCCAUGAUUGUGUCUGGGUACCAACAAAAGAAUCGGUAAUACCAGCUGGAGCCAUUGCUGCAGGGUACACUGAAUAUGGCCCAGAAACAAUGUAUAUUGGUCGUGUAAAACAGGAUGGCCAUUUAAUACCAGGUAAAGUGGCACCAACACAUUGUGUUUGUUACUUUGCCUAUGGCGAACGGGAAGCAUAUGAAAGUUAUUAUGAUAUAUUAGUUGGUCCAUACUCAAGUCCUAGGUGUAGUAAUACUCUUGAACCACCAUUUAAAGAAAGAUAUGAGUUUUAUGAGGAACAAUACAAAUCUGAUGAUGAUGAAUAUGAUUAUGACUAA